CACUAACAUCAAAUUAGAAUAAAAUGAGCGCCAUCUACUAUGUAGAUCUCGAACUAAAGUGAGAACCUAUAAUUUCAUUCGCUUGUUUUGAAAUAUCAACUGUUCAAUUUUGGUAAACAUUUCAAGUGAUUCUGUUCAAAUUGUGAUAACACUUUUGUUUUUUCAACGAAAUCUUAGUUAAUUAAAUUGUUCUUUUUAUUUUCUAACUGUGUUUUCAAUUAGUUUUUGUUUUCUUGUUUCUGGUCGACAAUUAGCAUCAAUUCAAACUUGUGAAACUUGAAACUUCCUCAAUGAUGUUUGGAUUUGAUUAAAGGCCCAUUUGGCCUAUUUACAGUUAAUUUUUUUUUCUUUUUGUUAAAUUGGAGAAAAUCUUUUGGAGCUUUUCAUUUCUCUUUUUUUUUAUUUACCGUUUGUUAGCUUUUUUCCAAUUUUAUUUAUCUAAGUGUAAUUAAUGUAUGUCUAUUUAUUUAAGUAACAAACAAAUAGGAAGUCUCUACAAUCUAAUUAUAAUUAGAUAACCAUUAUGAGAGGUUAUCAUUAUGAGAGGAUUAACUGUAUUAAGUUCACUUUUUCAAGGUCCAAAUCAAUCUAAACAUUUACGAAUGGAUAAUUCCGUGGUGACCAUCGGUGAAUCAAUGUUCGGUAUCAAAAAUCAUGGUAAUACCUGUUUCAUGAAUGCAAUAUUACAAUGUUUAUCUCAUACCGAUUUGUUGGCUGAAUAUUUUGUUAUGAACCAUUAUAAGAUUGAUUUGGUUAAAAACAAGCAGAUUAAUUUGUGUAAAUAUGGUUCUCAUGGUGAAGUGACCUGCCAAUGUGCCCUACUCUUUAAAUCACUUUGGACAAACAAUUAUUCCCCCGAAAUAUCAAAUAAGUUUAAACAUCUCGUCUCGAAAUACUGUAAACAAUACGAAGGAAGUGACCAACAUGAUGCCCAAGAAUUUCUAUUCUUUUUAUUAGACAUUUUCCAUGAGGAUCUUAACAUUGCAACCAAAAGAAAAUCAAAAAAAUUAAAGCAAAUUCAGAAAAAUUGGAAUAAAUCUGAUGAGCUAAUUGCUGCCGAAACUUUGGCCUACCAUAAGAGAUGUGAUUCCAGUUUCAUUCAUGAUCUAUUUCAAGCUCAAUUACGUUCAUCGUUAGUCUGCCGAUCAUGUAACAAUUACAGCAAUACCUUUGACCCUUACAUGUGCCUUUCAAUUCCGGUUCCUAUCAAACGCACACAAACUGUCAUAAUUAACGUAUCUUAUUUAGAUAAUAUAACAAAAAUUGUGCGUAUGGUUGUUACUAUUGAAGCUCAAGCAACUCUACGGGAAUUGCGAGAUAAAAUAUCACGAUUGGUUAAGAUUCCCGAACGUCAGAUGGUCCUUCUAGUUGUAGAAAAUGGUUCUGAAUUGAAAGAAUUGAUCAAGGAUAAACUCACCAUGCAUGAGAUACUUGAUGAUAUUGAUAAUGUUGAAGUUGAAGCUAUUGAAACUCCUUUAACACCCACAUGGGGAGCCGAAAAUUAUUCAACGCUUGUCAAUGGUUCAUCAACAUCAACACCUAGUUCGUUGAUAAUAAAUAAUUCAUCAACGACGACAACUUCAUCUUCCUCUUCAUCAUUAUCAUCAUCUUCAUCGCCUCAUCCUCCAUCACAACAACCACCAUCUUCCCAACCCUUGACCCUUUUAUGGAUUAACCGGGUUGGAAUUGGAAGUGAGAAUAAAGUUUUUGGCCCUUUCUUCAGUAUUUCUCUACCAAGAGAAUCAUCUUUCAAGGAGAUUCAGCAUAAUCUUAUGAAAAAAAUGUCACCAAUAUUAAGGAAAACUUGUGAUCUCGCAAUAGUCAAAGAUUCAACUUUGUUCCGCUUAAAAGUAAUCGACGGAUUACCAGGGAAAUGUUACCUUCCUGAAGAUGUUGACCAUCCACUUUACAUGCCAACAGUGGACAAAGCUUUGUCCAACUGUGAACAAACUGAUUACCGAGGACCAAUUCAUCUUAAGCUUAUAAUUGAAUGGGAUCUUGACCUAAGACAAACCUUAUUGGUUGAUGAUGACGAUCUUUUAACAGUAAUUGACGAUCCAAACAUUGAGUUUAUCAAAGUUCACAAUGAGAUGGCCAAUACAGCAACUUUGAAAGAUUGUCUUGACAUGUAUUUUCGUGAAGAGCGUCUAGGCGCUGAUAAUGCUUGGAUGUGUCCAGCAUGUAAACGCCGUCAACAAUGUAUCAAAAAACUUUCCCUUUGGUCAACACCCGAUAUAUUCAUAAUUCAUCUGAAACGUUUCCGUCAAGCCUCAAAUUCAUUGAGAACUAAAUUAACAACUUUGGUUACUUUUCCAUUUUCCGGUUUAGAUAUGAACCCUUAUCUAAGUAACCGUAACAAUUACAAUAAUCAUCUAAACAAUAACAAACACGGAGUUGACACUGUUGACUUUGUUAACAACAACAAUCAAAUUAACAGUCAAAUUAUACGUAAUUCAUCAGGACGUCUACCAUCACCGUGGCGUCGGCCUUCACGUGAUAAUUACAACAAUCAAAUUAACAAUUCAAAUUCAAUACGCAAUUCAACAGUUUAUUUACCAUCUCCAUGGCGUCGACCCUCACGAAGUACUUUAACCAAUAACAAUACAAUUGUAUCUGGUUUUCCAAAACAUGAAGAUAAUAUUUACAAUCUUUACGCAGUUUGUAAUCAUCAUGGUAACAUGUCUGCAGGUCAUUAUGACGCAUACUGUCGCAACGUUGUCGACGGUAAAUGGUACUCAUUUGACGAUCAAAUUGUUACUCCAAUUCUCGAGCGAUCCGUAGUUACAUCAGAUGCUUACAUCUUAUUUUACCAAAGAUCAACUCUUUCACCUCAAGUUUCAUCUUGUUCCUCCUCUUCAUCAUCCACCAAUGGUUCAUCAUCAACAACCUCUUCAAAUAGUUCAUCAACAAUCAGCAGCUCAGCAUCUUCAUCAAACAGACCAAUUGAUCAUUGGACUUAUCAUCUUGCACCACAGAUAAAAACAUCAACAAUUUCAACUUCCAUCUCUAAUAGAUCAUCUCCUAGUUGCAAAAGUUCAGAUAAUUUAUCUUCAUCAAGCAGUCACCAUGGGUCAGAUUCAUCUCAUAAAAGAGAUCACAAUGGAAAAACCAACCACAGCAAUCAACUGUCUCGUGGAGCUCGCGCCUAUUCAACAUUACCUUCAAGGAAACCAUCUGAUUCAGCUAAAAGUUCAUUAAAAGAUUCUCGACCAAUCUCACCUCCGAUCAAAAGAUCUCAAAAUAUUUAUAGUAGUAUGAGCCUAAGUAAGAGUAGAAGUAACCAUUUAAUUGAUAAAAUAAAAUCAACUCAUUCACCUCAAGAAUCACAUCAACAGCAGCUAUCAAGACCAAAGAGUCUAUCAUCCAAUCUUCAUCGUCAUCCCGGUACAAUUAAUAACUCGAAUGGACCUUUGUCAUCACCCUCUCAUCAUACCAAAGGAAUUGAUGGUAAAUAUAAGGCUAAUUCGCCUGAUUGUUUACCUAAUAAUUACUCAAUUGAUGAGAAUCAACUUCAACAACCUUCUCCUCCCUCUUUGCAAGAAAGCAAUAGGUAUUGGACGGUCACCUCGGUUUAGAGACGAUCUCUUUUCAUGUUUCGUUGGAAUAUUGAGUUGAACUUAUGGCCUCGAAUAUUUUGGACAAACAAUAUUCCCAUAUUGACAUUCCCAAAAUAACCUGAGGAGGAUUACGAUGAGCAGACAAUCAACUAUUUCGAACCAAAUCAUUUCAACUCUGGUCAAUCAACUUGUGGCAAUUAACAAAAUUUAACCAACUUGUUUUUAUUUAUAUUUCUGAUGUGCAAUAAUAUUGCACAAUUUAAACCCGUUAACUAAAACACUUUACCCACCAAAACCCAAACCACACCAAAGAACUAACCAGGUAACGCUCUUCGGGUAGUUAUCGUUGAUUCUAUUGUUAAUUUAAUAACAAUUAGCAUUUCCCGA